AUGUGGAGGACUCCUAAUUGGAUUGGAAAUGACGUUAUACAUCAACUUACCAAGGGGAGGAACUCCCCCCUCUACGUCUCAAUCACACUGACAAAUGGUACAAAACUCUAUGAAUUAUACAACCAGUUCUCUGUUGGUGACGAAACCAACAAAUACAGACUUUAUCUUGGAGGACCAGCUACCGGGACCCUGGGUGACGCUAUGUUAGACACGGGGAGUUCUGACGGAGAUCUGUCUGGGAUGUCAUUCUCCACCCUGGACAGAGAUACCGACAGAUGGGAUUUUAACUGUGCUGUUCUUUAUGGAGGAGGAGGCUGGUGGUUUAACUGGUGUCAUGACGCCUACAUCAACGGUCCCUGGUCCCCGGUAUACUGGAGAGAACCCUGGUAUCCACCACUUAAGAAUGGCAGUGAUAUAACGGAGACUCUCAUGAUGAUCAAACCUAAUUGAUUAACGUAACAUGAUGUGUUAAUGACUCGUUUAUUGUUGUUAAUGUUGUUUUUUAGACUUGAAUGAGUUUAGGACAUUCAGUGAGUUAUGAGGGGUUUUUUUAGGUUCAUAAAGUGUAACAUAUUUCACUCAUGCAUGUACAUACUAAUUCAAAUCUAUAUAUAAUAGAUCAUGGUGUUAUAAUUCUAGUCUUUGUUCUAGAUCUGUUAAUGAUGUAAUAAUACAAAGUUAUAUUGUGAUUGGUCUUAUAUUAUUAUGUGAUUUAUUUCUUGAUAUAGUCUUAUUAUACUCUA